AUCGAAUGGGGACUUAAAUUGUCCAUUCACGUAGUACACAAAUAGCCAGACCCGACCCAUGAAAAAAGCUGGCUAUGUCAGCUGUAUUACUGGAGCCAAAAAUGGCUUCGCAAAUCGUAGAAGACAGUCCGAAAAUCGGAUCUGUCUUACCAGUUGAAGUUGAACAAGCUCUUCCAGACCUGCUAAUGGUAUCACUGAAGUCCGGGGGUAAAGUUUUUCGUGGUGUUCUGAUCGACUCAAACUCAGGAGCAUGUCCUGUAGGUGUACCAGACCCUUCAAACCUCGGCUCACGGCUUAACAAGGAGUUUGGCGUGCCAGUCAUAGACACCGCUUUCAUCAAGCACGAACAGGAUCCGGGCACAGGGGACACUGCUACAAAAGUAGAGGACUCUGCCUUGAGCUUCAGACAGUCCUACUUCCAAAAUAUGCCACUGCCCCCUGCAAGACCACUUCUCUUCGGCAAGAAGGAGAAGACACCAGAAAUCAAACCAAAGACAAUUAGCCAUGUAAGGUCUAGACAGUUUCGGCUGCGGCCUCGACAGUUGCUUUGUAGCAAGUGCAAAGGGGCUUGUCAUUCAGCUAAAGCAAAGACUGCUGCAAGUAACAGACCUGAUAAGAACGGUCUGAAGAAGAGGAAAGCAGACUCAUCAGGUGAUGUUGUCCGCAAAAAGCCCAGACCCGACCCUCGUGUGAUUACAAAUGGUGGAACAAAUAUGGCUAAACCAAAUGCAGGGGCGUCAGGUUCCCGUCCAUUGAGUACUCCAGCAAAGUCAGUAAACAAGUCUCUCAAGAAAACUAGCCCUGCCAUCAAGAUAUCAUAUGCAACGCCUGGGAAAGGACAGAGGUUGAUUGUGAGGAUACCACCUCGCACAAACAAUUUUAAGCAAGGUUCUCCUUCUACAGGGAUCGGUUCCAAGAAUAAGAACAGAGUACUAACCGUUCCAUUGUCACCGUUAUCUUCACUUGGUAAGCAUACAAUUGACUCUUUAAAGAAGAUGAAUGGUCUGCAUAAGGCACCAGUGAAUACCCAGCAUGAUAAGAUCAGGAUUGUAAAGACCAAAGGAACUUAUUCAAUACCUUCAGAAACAUUAUCAAUGAGAACUUAUGGCCCUCUACCUGGGUCACCGAAGAUAGUGAAUGGAAAAAAACUAGUAGGAAAUGUCACUGUCAAGCCAAUAACAUUACUUAAUGGGUAUCGGCCACUAAGCAUCAUGCAGAAAAAACUGCCAUGCACCCCUAAUAUCUUGCCGCCAUUUGAGAUCAGUGACACAGCCAGUGAUUGUUCAUCUUAUACUAGUAGAGGAUCAAGGAAAGGUGGUAAGAAGGGCAAGCAGAAUGGUUCCAUCAACAACAACAAUUCAGAAUAUGAGUUUGAUUCUGACGCAUCGUCGACGGUAGCCCCUAAGAAGAAAGAAGAGGAAGUGAAACCCAGCAACCACAAGAAGAAUGUGACCAAGAGCAUUUUGCCCGGAGGUCGGACAGUCUGUGUAGGUGACAUCAUCUGGGGGAAGAUCACAGGGUUCCCUUGGUGGCCGGGACGCAUCGUCCAGAUCAUCGUGACCCGAAGCAACGAGGGCGGCAUCACUCUGCAGGAGGCCCAGAUCACCUGGUUCGCGUCGCGCUCCAUCUCCUUCAUGCCGCUCACCAAGCUUCCACCGUUCCUGGGGGAGUUCAAGAAGCACUACGACAAGAAGAGGAAGGGGCUGUACAAAGAGGCCAUCUCGCAGGCAACCAAGGCUGCAGAGGCACUGUCCAGUGAAGUACGAGAACUCCAUACUAUGUUUGAAACUCCACUUAACAAAUCCUAACCCAAGUUGGCAACAGCUCAAGGGAAAUCGGCUUAGAUUCACAGAUGCUUUGACAGCAUAAUCAAAUCAUCCCAAAGCCAAACAGAGGAACAAUGCUUAUCACCUUGCCGAGGAGCCGGAUACGUCAAGUGGACCACUCCUGCAAACCACAGAACAGAACUGUCUCCGGACCUUGUGCCUUCGACCAAGCCUCAAGAAUACAAGGAAUUCCACUGUCACAAAACUGCAGAAGGAUUCCCCCAUGAGAAGAAACUGCAGGAGAAGUCAACUGUCACUAAGGGCUGAGGAAUUUCACCACAGAGGAAAUACAGAGGGGUGAUUCUGUAUGAUGUGCCCUAUUCGACAUCCAUCUUUUUUCUAUAUACAUGUACUUCAUCUAAAAAGAAGAAGAAAGAAAUCUUGAUAUGAGAAGAAAGAAAAAUAGUCAGUGGUCGUAUCGAGAGGUUUAAAUAUUUUGAAUGAAAACAAAUCAAUAAAUUUCAUAUGUCGUACAGGACAUAUUGCAUGGAAUCAUCCAGAUCGAGGGGAUUGAGAGCAGAUUGAACAACUGAGGUCGAGUCGAGAGAUCCUUGGCCAGGGCAGGAGAUGUCUGCAGAAGUCUGCAGGAUGUCUGCAGGUCUUGAAGGAGUUUACUAGUUCCAGGAAGCAAGGCUGAUUGUGGUUUGUGAAGAGAGGUGAAAA